AUGUCUGAAGUAAAAGAAGAAAAAUUCCAUCGAGAUCCCGAAGAAUAUGCAAUUGUAAAACGUCUUAAUAAACAAUUUUCAAAACGUCCAAAUGAUAUUUAUGUUACACGUAAAACAAAUUUUAAAGCUCAAUUUGAACGUUGUAUGAAAUUAAUUUCGAUUGGUGGACAUCGUGAAAUAUAUAUAUACGGUAUGGGUGCUGCAUUACAACGAACAAUUAAUCUUGCAUUACAAUUUCAAUUAAAAACAAAUUGUCAUUUACAUACACAAACAUCAAGUAUCGAAGUAACUGAUCAUCUUUUACCGCUAUUAGAUGAUUUAGAACCAAUAAGUGAAAUGCGCUAUGUAUCAACAAUCCAAAUUAAAUGUGUAAUGCCUAGUAUAUUGAAUAUACCAUUGACAUCGACAACAACAGUGAAUCAGGAUAAUAAAGUAGUCAAAUAG